AUGUAUCCAAUCCAAUUAUUAUUCUCGGUCUCGCUGCACAUGUACAUUAUUAGUACUACAUCUCAAUCGACAGGAUACAGCAAAGAAAAGAUGACAACUACAGCAGCGGUAGCAGGGUCAGAAAUCAAGGCAGAGGAGGAUCGAUCCCUGCCUCCUCGACAAUCGGAAUCAGAUGAUAAUGAUAAUAAUAAGAUACCCAACAUCACAAGAUCUCUUGCCUCCUUCGUCGCAGAGACAACACCUCGCCAGAUCCCAGACCAUGUGAAAGACUGGCUCAAAUCGCUUCUGCUGGACUAUGUCGGCGUGACUGCGUAUGCUGCUGCGAGGGCGGAGUCGAGUGGGCCUUUCUUCGACGCUGUCCGGACCCUGUAUCCGGGGGUCGAAGCUGUCAAUGGCAAUCGUUCUUGUACGGUGUUUGGGAGACGCUCCACGUGGCUACCGCAAGCUGCGGCCCUACUCAACGGCGCCUUUGCGCAUUCCCUCGACUUUGACGACACGCACAUGGGCGCCGUCGUCCAUCCCGGCGUGACGGUCAUCUCUGCCGCUUUGGCAGAAGGCGAGCUGCGUGCGGCGGACGGUGCCACGUUCCUCGCUGCCCUGGCCGUGGGGUACGAGGUCGUCUGUCGUCUGGGUCUGGGUCUGGGGACGGGCGGAUUCGAGCGAGGUUUCCACAACACGUCGACGGCGGGGAUCUUUGGAGCCAUUGCAGCCAUUUGCAAACUGCGAGGCUUGGAUGCUGCAACCGUCGAAGGCGCCUUCGGCAUUGGCGGGUCCAAGGCAGCGGGCUCGAUGCAGUAUCUCCAGAACGGGGAGUGGAACAAGCGACUGCACCCGGGGUUUGCAGCCCACGAUGCGUUUCUGUGCGUGGCGUUGGCGCAGGCGGGUGUGUUGGGUGCUGAAAGGGCGAUUGAGGGAGACCAUGGCUUCCUACGUGCGUAUACCAGUCGGGAUAUUAGCCGUCGUGAUCUGGAGAGAAUCGUCGACGGGCUGGGCUCGCAGUGGACGCUGAUGGAGACGGCCAUCAAGCCGUAUCCAGCCUGUCGUUGCGCGCAUUCUGGCAUCGAUCUGUCUGCUGCGUUGCGUCUGUCGCCGAAGAACCAGCUCCAGCUGCAGCACAUCGAGUCUCUCCGCCUGGACCUCUCUCCCUCGUUCUACAACCUCGUCGGCGAACCGCUCCCCAACAAGAUCCAUCCCGCGAACAUCGUCGACGCGCACUUCAGCGCCUACUACCACGUAGCUGUAGCCUGGCUGUACGGCGCACAGACCGGCUGGGCCGUAUACGACCACCUGCAAGACGAGCGAGUCCACGCCCUGACGGAGCGGAUCACCAUCACGCAGGACAGUCCGGAGCUUACCACCCCGCUGCAAGCACGUCUGACGGUGCGGUACGUCGACGGGUCAGAGGAGAGCAAAUUCCAGGAGGCGCCGCUGGGGGAGCCGUCCUUGAAUCCGAUUCCGGCGGGCGUCAUCGAGAACAAGUUCCAUUCUCUGGUCGAUCCGGUUUUUGGUGAGGAUAGGGCGAGACGUAUAAAGGAGGUUGUUGAAGGACUUUCUUCCGAAGAGGGUAGUACAGCGGUAACUGUGAAGGAUUUGAUGGGUUUGGUUCGUAGUUCGCUGAAGCAAUCCUCAAUACAAGAUUCUACCUAUCCAACAGUCAACUGCAUUUUAUCUCAGUACAUCACUCAUGCAGUCUCGAGUAAUCAAUCAAUCAUCAACCAAGACUCUGUUUAUCUUUCUAGAAAUAACAAUACGUGUGCUACGUGUGCUACUACCCACCUGGUAGGUAGUAUACAUGUAGCGAGGAGAAAACUGUGCUCGCAUAAAGAGUACACUUUCUUAAAGAAAGAGUACACUAGUCCUUCCCCACGCUCACAGGGCACUUACAUAUUAACUGUCAAAUUAACUCCUAGUCAGAACGUCAAGCUCGGCUCAGCAGCCGAAAGAAGGGAGUAA